AUGCAGCCGGUUCAGAACUUUUACCCACCGAAGCCACAGGUUUUGGGACUGGGGCUACAGCUGUUGCGAUACAUUGGCCUGUGGGGUGACCCGAACCGUUCGGUUCGCUACAGAUUGGUCCUAAUUGUGUGCUAUGUUCUAGCGGUUUGGAUUGGCCCGAAAACUGUGCUCGGUCCCGGCAAAGAGGGUUUCGACUCGUGCGUUCGAAAUGUUACGGAAGUGUUAUUCCUGGUCGAGAAUUGUGUUGCCCUCGUUUCGUUUGCUGCCAAAAGCCGUUCUUUCGGGCAGCUGAUUGAUGUCCUGGAACGCAUUUUGAAACGUGACUGGCCGAAGGAUUUGCAAGACGAGAUAGAGUCCUUUAAUCGAAGGAUGGAAAAAAGUUCCAGAUUCUACGCUUUUUACAUGCUAUUUAUCCUGAUUGUUUUUGCGGUUGGUCCCCUGCUGUACACGAUGGGAACAUUGAUUUUUUCCAACGAAACCACGGACGAAAGAGGCAACUUUUUGUUGACCAACGAAAUGCAAUUCUACUGGUUGGACAUCCGGCGUAAUAUCCGUCACUACAUAAUAUUUACGGCCUUCUGCUGUCCGGUGUCGUGCAGUUCUGCGCUUAUCAUUACCCUGAAGGGAACCAUCUUUCAGGCAAUAAUUUAUUACGGAUCGAAACUGUUCGAUCUGCUGUCGAAACGAAUCCAUGCCAUGGCCGCCAUAGCAGACGAAGAGAAACGUCGCCGGGAACUACGGGAAAUUGUACAGUUGCAUCAAAUGACGCUGGCAUACCUGCACUAUCUGGAAAGCACCCUGAACAUCAUUCUGCUGAAUCAGAUGCUGAGUUGUCUCUUCGUUUGGUGCUUGAUGCUGUUCUACGUUUCAUCGAAUUUUGGUCCGGAAGCCGUAAACGUCAUCGUUAUGUUCGUUGUGCUGGUGAUUGAAAUGGCAGCCUACUGCGUCAAUGGGACUAUUCUUAGCGGGAAGGCCGCAGGCAUAGCGGAAGCUAUGUACCGCUAUGCUUGGUACCGAGAUCCAAUCGAUAUGCAGAGAACGGCUGCUUCCAUCAUUCUUCGGGCUCAGAAACCGACUGGAGUUACGGAUGCCAAGUUCUAUUUUGUUAACGUUCAAAGACUUGGAAAGACUGUUCAGGCUACCUAUUCGUACUAUUUGAUUUUGAAGGAUAGAUUUUAG